AUGGCUCCUCGACCUGUGCUUGGGCAUGAUUCCGCUCCUGCUCUUCAUGUGGCCAGCAAAGCGAAAGAGUGGGAAGAGAUCGAAGAGGAAAAUGAUAAUAUGCUCGUCAAAUUACAAUGGGAACCUUCAAGGCAAGCCUUCUUUGACGACCUCCAAUGUCAAAUACCCAACAUCCGCCGCCUCGUUGCUCACCACCUAUCGUUGAGCCGGUCCCAACAGUGUAAGGUUUCAGAUAGGUCUGAAUGGCGAGAUGGCGGUUUCAAUGCCUGCAUCCCAGUUAAUAUUUCCAACUGGCGAGAACAGCGGCUUAUGUUGAGGUGCCCAUUUCCCCACAUGCUGGGUGGGCCAGAUGGUUUGGAUGAGAAGAUCCGACGAUUUAUCGAAACUUUGAAACGCUGCUGGGCCUGGCGACAACCAUUUAACGCUCCCUUUGCCCCCUGCAAAACUCCGUUUCCAUUGAAGUCUGGUUAUCUCCUGGUGGAUUUCGUCGAAAAGGAGCAGGGGACCAAGCUGUCGGAGAUGUGGCCCCCCGAGACUGACAAGCAGAGACAGAACUUCUACAGAAGCCUGUCAAGAAUUAUGCUUGACUUGGCAGGACAUCAUUUUACGAAAAUUGGUUCUUUCACGGUCGACAAUUCUGGGAAUAUAAGUCUCAGCAACCGACCAUUAACGAUUCAGCUUCCUUUACUGGAGAGCAGCGGCAUCCCUACAAGCAUUCCGCACGAUCGAACUUAUGUCACUACCGAUUCGUAUAUCCGCGACAUUCUAAAAUGUCACGACAUGAAAUUGAGAUAUCAGCCAAAUGCAGUUCCCGAUGAGUCCGAAGCUGAGAGUCAAAUGGCGGUCCUUACCAUGAUGCGAGCUCUGUCGCCCAAUUUUACCAUGGAUCAUCUUCAGUCCGGACCUUUCUGUCACAUUUGGACGGAUUGCGACCCAAGCAACAUACUGGUCAACGAAAGGUACGACAUUACUUGUCUUUUCGACCUUGAAUGGAUACCCGUUUUGCCUAUUGAAACACUCUCUCCACCCUUUUGGCUGAGUGGGUACCCCGUUGACGGACUUGGAGGGGAGAAAAGGAAACAUUAUGACGCAAUGUGUGUGGAUUUUCUGGAUAUUUUCGGACAAGAAGACGACGACCAGUCCUCGCCGCCUAAACCCGGAUUUUACACCAAAAUCAUGAAAGAUGCCCUCGAAAAAGCGACACACUGGUUUUGGGCUAGCUUGAACCAUUCCCGCGUGACAUACAACCUGUUCUUGGAGCACCUACAGCCUCGACUCGCGCCAACACACUCAGCAGGAGUCGAUUGUAUCCAGUUCCAUCGAAUUUUGGCUCCAUAUUGGACUCUGAAUGCAUCCGGAUUUAUCGAUGCAAAGAUUACGGACCACAAAAACUAUCUGAAAGAUUUGAGGACACAACAUAUGGCUCGGUUCGUUGGUUCAGAAUGA